CCCUAAUCUCUCUUUCCUUGCCUCCACAUUUCCCCCAAUUCUAGAGAGAGAAACCCUAGGACAGAGAAAAUUCCGCCAUGACAACUCACUUGAAGAAGAACAGGAAGAAGAGAGGCCACGUCUCCGCCGGACAUGGUCGUAUCGGAAAGCACCGUAAGCAUCCCGGAGGUCGUGGUAAUGCCGGAGGUAUGCACCACCACCGUAUCAUGUUCGACAAGUACCAUCCUGGGUACUUCGGCAAAGUCGGUAUGCGUUACUUCCACAAGCUUCGCAACAGGUUCCACUGCCCCAUUGUCAACCUCGACAAGCUCUGGUCAAUGGUUCCCGAAGACGUGAGAGAGAAGGCGGCGAAAGAAGGGAAAGCGCCGGUGAUUGAUGUCACGCAGUUUGGGUAUUUUAAGGUUCUGGGUAAGGGUGUUUUGCCGGAGAAUCAAGCUGUUGUUGUUAAGGCUAAGUUGAUUUCUAAAGUUGCUGAGAAGAAGAUUAAAGAGAAUGGCGGGGCUGUUCUUCUUACUGCUUAAGUCAGGUCUACAGGUUGUUAUUUUUAGCAGAGAAAAUACAUUUUAAGAAUUGAGAUAAUUUAAUCUUAACUCUUUUUUGGUUGUUUUUUAUGGAUUUUGUUAUGAUGAUGAGAUUUUGGGAUAUGCUUAA